AUGAGUGACUUUUUAGCCGCUAACAAUAUUUGCGGCCAAAGUUUACUGCGACUUGUAUCGCGAGGUAAUGCCAUAAUUGCUGAAUUGAUGAGAUUAAAAGAUUAUGUUCCGCCAGUAUUUAGAUUAGAAUCUAAGCGUCACCUCCAAAAGUAUGGAUCAAUUAUUAUGGACUUUGUUUACUUCAAAGCCGCCAAUGUCAAUGAGCAGAAAAUUGAAAAUGAUAAUACUCUUCAGGAACUUGACGAAAAUUUAAGAGAUAAUUACACUGAUGUAUUAACAAGAAUUUACUUAGCUUUUGAAAGUAUCCACAAAUAUAUUACUGAUUUUAAUGCUUACAUAGAUGAGCUAGAUGAUGGCCAUUAUAUUCAGCAAUCCGUCGAAACUGUGAUGCUUAAUGAAGAAGGAAGGCAGUUGAUGUGUGAAGCAGUUUAUUUAUACGGAGUGAUGUUGCUUCUGGUGGAUCAUCAGUUUGAAGGUCAUGUACGUGAGAGACUUCUAGUGUCUUAUUACCGAUAUAAUGCUCAGAGAUCAUCAUCAACUCGAGUAGAUGACGUCUGUACUCUGUUAAGAUCAACAGGAUUUUCUAAAUCAUCAGCUAAACGUCCUCCAAACUAUCCUGAAGAUUAUUUUGGGAGGGUGCCAAUUAAAUCAAAGUUCAUAGACUUGCUGAUUGGUCGUUUAAGAUCAGACGAAAUUUAUAGUCAAUCUUUAGCAUUUCCCAAUCCAGAGCAUCGUAGUAUAGCUUCAGCAAAUCAAGCUGCGAUGCUGGUUAUUAUUUUAUCAUUCCAGCCGUCAAUUUUGCACAAUAGUUCGGCAGCAAUGCGUGAAAUAGUUGACAGAUUUUUUCCUGAUAACUGGGUGAUAAGUAUCUAUAUGGGAAUCGUUUUAAAUCUUUGUGACUGGUGGUUACCUUACAAAGCAGCGCGUACAGCUCUGAACAAUACUUUAGAGACUGCUAACAUCAAGAAAACAGCCCAAAAUUAUGGACUAAAAAUAAAAAAAUUGAUAACAGAAACUGAAAAAUUACAACUAGCAGUGACGUUAGAUGAGAAUGAAAUAGAAUCAGUAAUAAAAUUAAUCCGUGAAUGCAAUGUAUCACUCCAUUGGAUGCUGUUGCAUACAACUGUACCAACAGUUUUACGAGAAGAAUCAAAGCGUUCUCGGUUAUUGCGACAGCAAGUGAUCAAUGAAAGUAAAUAUACUCCUGAAGAAUGCUUGAAGUUAUUAUUGAGCACCGCUCAAAUAGAGCAAGACGUCAAACAGAUUUACAAACAGCUGUUGCAUGACAAAGAGUCUAAAUGGAGCGAGAAUAAAAACACGUGUGUCGAAAGAAUCAAUGACCUAGCGCAGGUAUUGGAGACCAACAAGCACGUCGACAGUGUAGAAACAAAUGAAUGCUUGAAAAUGUGGUUCAAAGAAAUUAGCGCUCACGUGAGCUCACUUCAGCAAGAGGACGGUAGAAAGAUAGCUCAGUUACUUCAAGCGCUCGAGGAAGUUCAAGAGUUCCACCAGCUUGAAAACAAUCUACAGGUGUCUCAGUAUUUAAAUGACACACGCGAGAUUUUGCACAACAUGCUACGAACCGGUAGUAUAACGGAAGACACAAUGAUUGCCUUGAAUAUAUUAACAGACUGUUGCUACGCUUGGAAUAUCAUGGAAACUUUUAUUGAUAUAAUGCAGAAUAAUAUCAAGAAAAAUCCUCCUACUGUUAUUAAAUUAAAAGCGUUGUUCUUAAAAAUGGCUUCGGCUUUAGAGAUGCCAUUGUUGAGAAUCAAUCAAGCACGCAGCGCAGAUUUGUCCUCUGUUUCACAGUAUUACAGUCGGGAAUUGGAAAGUUAUGCUCGUCGAGUGCUGCAAAUUAUUCCAGAAACUGUUUUUGGAUUACUGGCGCAAAUAGUUCACUUGGAGACGAAUGUUUUUAAGGAGAUACCUAUGAAACUUUACAAAGAUAAAUUAAAGGACUACGCGCAGCUGGAUGAACGUCUGCAAAUGGCCAAAUUGACCUACGCUGUUUCGGUAUUCACCAAAGGAGUCUUGUCGCUGAGAAGCGUCUCCCUAGGAGUGCUCAGAGUUGAUUCCCACAGAUUAUUAGAAGACGGAAUUCGUCAGGAGUUGGCUAAAAAGAUAACAAUUGCUCUGCACAAUGGUUUGACAUUCGACAAUAAAUCCAAAGCUAGUCUUGUUGAAAAAUUGAAUGACUUGGCUAACGUGAUGGAUGGCUAUCGCAAGUCUUUUCAAUAUAUUCAAGACUAUAUAAAUAUCAACAGCUUGAAAAUAUGGCACGAAGAAAUAACGUUUAUUAUCAAUGCAGCGUUAGAGGAUGAAUGCAAAAAUUCAACGUGGAUGCCGAGUAAAUCCUGGAAGAUGUUGAUCACCGAUGACAAACAGGAUUAUUCUAGUCUUGUUGAGGCUAAUGGAGGUAGUACUUUUAUGGGUAGACUUGCCAAGGAAUUGAUACGCGUGACUGAUCCAAAGACUACUGUCUAUAUUGAGCAUGCGUUGGCGUGGUAUGAUUUGAAAAGCCAGAAUGAAAUUUUGAAUUACAAAGUUUUCUCUAUGGUACUGAUGGCAAUAGGCACUCCUGGCUUGCAUGGGCUCGAUAAAUUAUUGUCGCAUUUUAUUACGAUGGAAUUGAAAAAUUUAUUCAAAUAUGUUGACCAUGGGGUACGUGAUAAAAGCUGGGGAGCUAUGAUUGAUGAAUGUAGAGCUAUUAUUCAAAAUAUUGAGUACUGUAGAAAUAAUCCAGGGAAGCUUUAUUCAAGUGUAAUGAAUCAUUCGAGCAAAAUAUGGCCUUAUAUGAUAGAAUGUUUAUUAAAAAUAGGCCACUACCAAUUGUUGAGGAAUAAAAUUAGCUAUGAAUUAAAUACUGCUUGUAAAUUUGAGGCCAAACACGUGGAAUCCGCACUGAGAACUCUAAACCUAGCGGUACUUGAUGAGUUACGUAAAAAGCCUGAUGAGUGUCUGACAACUCAAGAAGAGCGUGAUUUUAUUCAUGAAUUGAGUAUUAGGCUCGACUGGACUGGCAUCAGCGAUCCUCUUAAUAAGACAUAUUUAAAAUUAUCGAGUUUAAAUAAUUUAGAUCUUUUAUUAUUUUUGUUCACGAUUUCGUAUUUACACAAGCUCCAUUACUGCAAAAAUACAGCUAGUCUUCUCAGCAAGAAAACUCAAGAUUCCAUCGAUGCCGUUGUUUUUACAAUAGGCGUUCAAACAUUCCUGCGGCAAUUUUCUAAUGAUAUUUUUAAUAAUUACAUAGCAUAUCUCUGUAAAUAUGUCUUAUCUUUUGUGUCUAGCGACAGUGGAAAAAUGGGAAGUGAAUGGGAGUCAGAAGGCACAACUAUUUUGUACUACUUGCAAUUAAUAUCAAAGUAUGCAAACAUACCAAAAUCCGCAAUAUUUGAAACAAUUCCGGUCAUCAUUUUAGACCAGUACAAGCAAAAAAUAAUGCGUUUAAUAUUGGUGAUUACAAUUGCAAUUUUUGGAGGAUGUACUGUCGCAUCACUAGACACCAGUUCAUUUCGUGAUCCAUCAUCUUACAUUAUGAGAGUACGUCCUAAGACGCGUAUGGGUAGUUCACGGCCAUUUCCUCUAGUAGAACUUCCACUAUCGACAGCAAUUGGUUUUGGUAAACGCAAUAAAAAUUACUUGACAACUAAUUUAGAGCCAAAAAUGAAACGUAUUCUUCGUGGUAUUUCCACGCACAAUAACUCUCGCCAAACUCCAAUUUAUUGGUUUGCCAAGCUUGUGAGAAGAUAUCCGGGACUCAAAACAGAAUAA